AGCCCAGAGUGUUAUUUUUCCUCUCCCCGAGUCCACAGAGGCGCACAAGUGCUUUUCUAUUUCUGCGUGCCGGGUUCAGAAGUUUGCACUGCUGGCUGAGGAAAGGAGGAGUUUUGCUCCUGCGGUCGUGCUUUUAGGAGAGCGAGCCGAUCGUAUUUCACUCUAAUCCUUAGCGAUAGCCACGCAGCCUCGUCUGCUGUUAGGAGAGCCUUCCCGGAGCUCCCCGGCCAGGCUUGUCCUGCAGGGAGAGAGGGGCAGCCGGAAUUAGGGCUCGGGAGCGUGGCGGGUCUGUGAGCCCUCCCGAGCCGAGCCGUGCUCCGGUGGGGUCCCUGCCUGCCCGCCCGUGGCUGUGGGGUGUUGCCGACGCGCCGGGGCCGGGGGCUGGAUCGUGCCCGGUCCCCUGAGCGAUGCCAGGGCGAAGAGAGGAGCUGCAGUUUGUGCUGUUGAGUGGAGAAUGGGGAAAACACGUGCCUCGGUGCUGUAUUCUGCUCCACCGUUACACGCUUGCCUGAGCCGCUGCAAGGUGCCACUUUCUGCUGCUUUUCUCCCCUUUGUUUUCUUUGGCAGCUCACGAAGCGCCGUAUCAAAGCAGCUUCAGGGGAGCUGCGCUGGCACGGCGACCUACCUCCGUACUGGUGCUGGUCUCAACGCGGCGAGGAGAAACCUGGACGGAAGCCGCUUUGAAAUUGUUUAGCCUCCCACGAAAACCACGGGGAGAGGGGACGGGAACAGUUUCAGAAAGAUCGGUUUGGAGCUGAGGCCAGUAGCGGGCUUGGAAGAAAAUGAAAAAGGAGUGUGUUUCCAGAUCUUUCAAACCCAAACAAAACACAGGCUCCCUCUCGCGUGCCGUAAGCUGGAUAAAUUUCUCCUCCUUGUCAAGGCAGACAAAGAGAUUGUUUCGCAGCGAUGGUGAGCUCUCCUCCAUGUGCGUGCAGCAGGUAGACGAGGAUGACGAGAACUGGACCUACAGAAGCCAGCACAGAAAAGCUGUUUCCAACUUAGAUGAAGAGAGCAGAUGGACUGUCCAUUACACUGCUCCGUGGCACCAGCAGGAAAAUGUGUUCCUGCCUUCCUCAAGACCACCUUGUGUGGAGGACCUGCACCGACAAGCCAAGCUGAACCUCAAGUCAGUACUGAGAGAGUGUGACAAGCUGCGGAGGGAUGGCUACCGGAGCUCUCAGUAUUACUCUCAGGGCCCCACCUUCUCCUCAUCCUCCAGUGCAAUCUGUGGAAGUUACCAGGAUGAUUAUGAAGAAAUUGAACAAAAGUGUUCUGUCUCCUCCCCAGAAGAAGAAAAGCUUAUUACCGUCAAAAGGCCUAAAACCCCAGUUUCAAAUGAGUUGUCAGAUAUCAACACCCAAACCAACUGGACUAAGUCAUUGCCACUGCCAACGCCAGAAGAGAAGAUGCGACAGCAAGCACAGGCAGUCCAAACAGAUGUGGUUCCUAUUAAUGUGACUGGGGAGAAUUUCGACCGCCAAGCCAGCAUUCGGCGGUCUCUAAUUUACACAGACACGGUGGUAAGACGGCCGAAGAAAGUCAAAAGGAGAAAGACUAUAACAGGAAUCCCUGACAACAUACAAAAGGAGCUAGCAGUUGGCACUGGCCAAAGCGAUUUCCGAGGGCAUUCGAUGUAUGUCCCAGACCACUGUUCCACGCUAGGGAGACUAGACAGCUAUCGCUCUGCUAUGCAGCGGUCUGAAACCAAGGACACCAGCUGCCAGACCGAGGAAGUUAAAGUUGUGCCCCCUUCAAUGAGAAGAAUACGAGCACAGAAGGGACAAGGCAUUGCAGCCCAGAUGUCUCAGUUCUCCAGCUCAUCCGGAAACAUGUCCGUGAUGAGUGAUUCCGCUGCGGUUAUAUUUGCUUCUCGCCAAAAUAGUGACAUGGGUUUUCACAGCUUGCCUCGGGCUGGUGCAAGAGUGUCUCUGCAGUCCCUAGAACAGACACAGAGCAUCUCUAGGCAGACAGAAGACAUCGCUGGCACUUUACCCCACCAGAUAAGCAAACUGCAAGUGGAUGAUGGUGUUGUGCAUCUGAGGAAUAAUCCCACGACAGGGACUGUUUCGAGGCCGAAGUCUCAAGAGGUGAGAAGCUAUGACAGUGAAAAGUCCACGAGCCCAGCAUGCGUGGUCUCUCCUCAUGCCACCUACUCAACGAGCGUCAUUCCCAAUGCAACGCUGUCAUCUUCCUCGGAAGUUAUUGUUAUUCACACUGCCCAGAGUGCUGGAUCAUUGGAUAAUAAAAUGGGCGGCUCUGCUGUGUACCCAAAGCCAAGAGACAAUCCUGGUGCCAGCAAUGCAAUAAGCGGGAAAGAAGAUCACCAUUCUUCAAGCGGUAACUGGAGUGAGAGUAGCUCCACACGUCACUCGCAGACUUCAGAUACCAUCCCGUCUAACACUGUCAUGAUGCUCUCUCUUGGUGACUCUGCUGUCUCUCUCAGCACUCCUGGAAAUGCAGAGGCUGGAUCUCAGAGUGCGAACUACAGCUGCAGAAACAAUCUUGCUUUACCAAACCAGUCCCAGGACAGCGAUGGUAGGAGUGAAUCUAGCUAUUCAGGGGAGCGAACGCAAGCAGCAGCGAACAGCACAGAGCAUUGGCUGUACAAGUCUGCGGAAAACAGUGAGACUUCUUCACGCAAGGUGGCUUGUACCACACCAGGCUGUGCCACUCCCGGUAGCAACAUGAGCAGCAGCAGCCUGGAGAGGACGUCGGCUAGAGAAGAUUCCACUUCUCUGUAUUCUGUGGACCAUGAUGGUUAUUAUAGCUCCAUGCCCGUGGACUCUGGGCUGAAGUCAGACAUGCCAUGCAAUAGCACUAAUGGUUUUGGGAACCCCAGAGACAGCGUGAUUAACGUCUUUGAAGGAAAGGAGAAGAAACAUCAGGAUGAGCCGUCGGGCCAAGGUGACAAAUACCUGGUGAGAAACAUCUCUUUAAAGAAGGCAAAGAAGCCGCCUUUGCCACCUUCUAGAACAGACUCACUCAGAAGGGCACCCAAGAAAAAAGCCCAGUCCAAUGGACAGGUACUUGAUGAAACCCUAAUUGCCACCCUCCAGCAUUCUCUGCAGUUGAAUCUCAAGUGCAAAAACGGCAGCUCCCCUUCCCAGAGCCCCUGCAGCGAUUACGAGGAUCCCUGGGUGCUGCGCUCUCGCAGCCAAAGCUCGGUCAGUGCAAGCAGCAGCAUGAUGUCCACCACCGCUCCAAACCUGUACUCCAUCUGCACCGUCACCCCCUCCCAGAGCGAAACGAGCAGCAUCAAGUCAGAGUAUGCCGACCAGUGGGGUUACUACAGUGACUACGCUGCGGUGGCAGAUGACCAGGUAAAGUCCCCGGUGACCCAUUCUGCCAGUACGUCGUCUGCUCUCAGUGAUUACAGCAUCAGCCACUUCAGCGAUGGCUCGAGGGCUUCUGUGCCGCAGGUGCCCAGUGGACUGGCCAAACCAAAGAGCACUUCUCCGGAGAAAUCCCACCGAGUCACAUCACCAUCCAGUGGGUACUCUAGCCAGUCCAACACGCCCACUGCGCUUACUCCAGUGCCUGUACUGUUAAAAUCUGCAUCAUCAGGAAACGGGAAAUCCAAGCUGAAACCUAAAGUGCCUGAAAGGAAAUCCUCUCUUCUGUCUUCAGUCUCCAUUUCUUCAUCCUCCACUUCUCUUUCUUCAAAUACAUCUACUGAAGGGAGCAUGAGUGUGAAGAAAAUGGACCCCACCCCGAGCUCUCCUCUGGAUGCUGGUGCACCUCCUCCACCACCUCCUCUUCCAACACCUCCUCCACAUUGUCCUGAGCUUUCUCCUCCCUAUCCCCCUCCUCCUCCUCCAGCAGAAGUCAUGGAUCUAGCACUGUCGCCAGCCUCUCCCACAUUUCCCCCUCCUCCGCCAGAAGCUGAUGCAAAUUCUUCCUUUGCCCACAGUGUCCAGUGGUUACCACAAGAAACUUCCAUCACUUCAUUCUCUUCCCCUGUUCCUCCUCCUACUACUUUCCCCUUAGCUGUCCCGCCACCAGCACCACCUCUCGAUCCGAAGCUGACAAAGGGUGCAACAAUAUACCCACAGUAUUCUUUUAAGAAACGUAAUCAGGAAGAUCCUUGCUACAGCCCAGUGAAACAGCCCUUCGGCAAGCAAGAUGCAUCAAGACCCGUGAUGCCCUUAGUAACUACCAAAGCAUUGCAAAUGGUGCAGCUGAGGUCUGUCAAAAAAGCAACAGAAGGUGAACCAUCACCCGAAUCUGCUUCUGAAAGCACCUCUCAGGAAAAGGGUACUGUAAGCUCAUCAUCGCAGUCUUCCCUAAAGCCAUCUCUCUCCCUGAGACUCACUAACAGCUUAGGUGAAGAGGAGAUGAAAACUCAUGGCACUUCAUUUAAAAACUCAGCUCAAACACUGGCUCAGAGUUCUCCUCUGGUUCUCUCUGACAACAUACCUGCGCUUGACAGCGAUCAAAAAUCUGCAAGUACGGUAGGCCUAAACAAGUCUAUCGAAGCUGUUUCAGUGGGGACAGCUACCGAAGACAUGCCCGAGUCUCCAGUGCAGAGCAAAGACUUCCAUUCUGGCAUGUCACCUCAGGGGUCACCAGCAUCUCCAGACAAGACUCAGGUCGUGUUGCCAAACAAGAAACCACCUCCCAUUUCAAAGAAACCCAAACUGUUCCUCGUUGUACCACCUCCACAGUUAGAUCUUACAGUGGAGAAAAUAGCUGAAGUGAGUGAUACUGUUAGAGGCACACCAAGCCCAACGAAGAGAGACGCUGUGCUUGCACACUGCGAGGAGGCGAGAAAUUGUCUUACAGAUGGACUCAGCUCUAGCGAGAUGGACUCUGGCAGCCUGGUUCCAGAGGGAGGAGCUGCCGGAGUCACCUUCUCCGAAACAGUGGGAGCUAGUGCCUUUGUGGCACAGCCUGCUGCAUCACCAGUUCAAGAAGAAGCCAGGCAGGAGGAGCAGCCUGUAUUUGAUGAAGGAAGCAGUUCAGGCAGCAGCCAAGACAGUGGCAGUAACGCUGACAGGCACCUAUCUCAAGAGAACGAAUGCGCCGAGGUGUUUGAGUCGGAUACAGCAAAUAGUUCCUUCCUGCCAAGCAGUAGUUAUGGGGAAGAGACGGACGGAGUGGCAACACCAGCGAGACCAAGGACCACUGAGGAUCUUUUUGCAGCCAUCCACAGAUCCAAAAGGAAAGUCCUUGGCCGUAAAGAUUCUGAAGACGAGCGCACCCGCAACCAUUCUCCGUCACCCCCCGUAACGCCCACUGGUGCUUCCCCAACCUUGUCUACCCUCAAGCAAGCAGGAUCCAUUCAGAGAAGCGUUCGCAAGAGCAGCACCAGCAAUGACAACUUCAAAGCCCUGCUGCUGAAGAAAGGGAGCCGCUGCGACACCAGCUCCCGCAUGUCAGCAGCAGAGAUGUUAAAGAACACGGACCCGCGGUUCCACCGAGCGAAGACAGACGCCUCCCCUGACCUUUCUGACAGCCCGGCCAGCUGCUCGCCCAGCAAGAGCAAACGGGCCCAGGAGGAGUGGGCCAAGAGCGAGGGCCUGAUGCCAAGGAGCAUGUCCUUUUCUGGCACUAGGUACGGCCGAUCGCGAACGCCCCCCUCCGCUGCCAGCAGCAAGUACAACGUUCGCAACCGCAUCCAGAGCAGCCCCAUGACUGUGAUUAGCGAAGGAGAUGGGGAAGUGGUGGAGCAGUCAGAGGUCAGGGUCCGAAGGACUUUGGAAGAGCAGCAAGAGAGGCAGCUUGAUAUGUUUAACAGUGAUGAAAUAGACAUGAAUGACUUUCCGUACGCUGAGGAGCCAGGCUGCAAGGAGACCUUGGAUCCAACCCAUCUAGACUUAAUGACUCAGCCAGGUACUUCGGGGAAGUAUCUAAGUCCUUCAGCUGAAGAAAGUUAAGAGGCAGAGACAGAAGGCAUUGGAUAUUUGUCUAGAAAAUGACAGAGGACUAGAUUCCAGAAGAAAGCCCAGAUCAGGACAAGUUUACUUCACGGAGCAUUUAUUCCAUGAACUGCAUGUGUGUGUUUAAAUGCCGAAGCAAUGAUAGUUCUGCAUGGUUGGGUUGGGGUGGGGAGGACUUGCUUUGAAUGAAUGGUCUGUGGCUUAAAGAAAGUAACAGCUGACAUUUUUCUGUAAAGCCUUAGAAGUCCUCUUGCGGGGUGUGGGGAGGGAUUUUUCUCAGAGCCUGUAGGGGUGUGAAGUUUUUCUUUUUCUUGAGACUGCAAUUGUGCAAGCAAAAUUUAGGAAUAAGCCUGAAAAAGAGGAAUGGGAAGGCUUCUAUGGUACAAGCUGGACGUUUGCUUCAAAAGCAUUGCAUUGGUGCAGCAUAGUGCAUUCAUUAAGCAGAGAGGCAGGACGAGGUGCGUUGACCUGUGAGAGAGUAGUGGAGGUGGUGCUGGGGCUGCAGGGCUUCUUACUCGGGUAUGCCCCGGUGUCGGAGGAAGCGUGUCCUGCUAAUGCAAAUAGGUCACUGGGUUAAGAGUUGGUCCAGGGUACUUUGUUUUUUCCUGAGGGAAAAUGAAACCUGAGGUAACAUGGAUGAGGGAGCGAAGUUUUACAACACAGUACUAGCUGCUGUGCAGCCACACACGUACGCUUGGCGAAACACUCAUUUCCAAGUGAAUUGCUUCCCUGACCAGAGUAUUCCCUUAGAGAACCGGAACAACUGCACGUGUGCAGAGGUUGUGAGCAGGCAAUAGAGGUGUGAGAGGAAUUAAACUGUAUACUGCUGGAGUUUGGAAAGGUUGAGUUUCUGAAUUAUAAAAAAAUAAAUAAAUAAAAAUUGAGAACUUGCACUACAGAGCUGUAGGUGGAGCCUGUCUUUCAAAACUGAAAUUUGGGAGUAACGUUUUGCCAGAAGUCUUUCUUCCAUUUGUCAAAAUGGAAGGGCUAUUACUUUUCAUCACUUGAAAUACAAAUACUUGCUAACUUUUGGUUACCAAAGAAUAAGUUACAGUUACUUUCCUUUUUGAUUUGCCUGCAGUAUUUCUUUUCCUUUUUUAACCUUAAUAAUUUAGUGAGGUUCGUUUUUAUUGUAUAUUUUACAGAAAAUAAAAACAUUAAACGGUUUUCCAAUUGUAAAGAAAACCAGUAAUUAAAACUGAACUAUUGGCUGGAGUUUGGGGUUCUUAGUAGGAAUGAAGCUUUUCAUUUGUAAGAAGAAUUUUUGCAUCAUUUGAUGGCGUGCGCAGUUUUGUAUUGUUUGUAAAUAUUAAAAGUUGUUAAAAUAUCUUUUGAUCUCCCUACCGUAGAAUUUAUACAUUUUUAGAUUGCUUUUAAAAAGAAAAAAGCACUCUUUGUAGAUUAUUUAUUUUAGAGAAAUAUGCUUGUAAUCUCUUUCUUCAAUCCUUUACUUGUUAGUAAUGUAAAUUUCGGGGGCCUUUGUUUAACUCUUCCCUUCACAAGGGGGGAAUAGUGAUGAAAAUGCUGUGACUUUGCUUCAAUAAAGAAAAAGGCUGCCAGUUGCCAUAUUGUCUUUUGAGUUGAUUAAAAUCUCCUUCAAAAGAUGUGUGCAGCAGUGUAUGGCAACCCGCUGAAUGCCAUAAACCAUGCAUCUGGCUACUAAUCUCCACUUCGCAUUGCAAAAGUUACUAAUUCACUUUAGAGACAGAACUAAAGCAUACUUACACAUCCAUCCCAUUUUGGCAUGUCAAUGCUAAGACUAAAAAAAAAUUGAAAGCUUUUUUUUUUAAAGCUUUUUUUUUUUUUUUUUUUUUUUCCCAGUAUCAUACCUGAGUGCUUCUACUACUCCUUACUUGCAACCUGUCCCAGAAAACUAAAACUCUUGGAGAACCAGAUUAUAAGCAGUAUAGGAGAGAAGUGAAGAGUGAAUGCAGCUGCACGCACCAGAACAAGGCUGGGAUUAACUGGUGCACAGCAAACUUUCUACUAUUUGUGCAUGCUAAAUGUAUUUAAGGAACUGUUGGCUUUUGGAAUUAAAUGAAAAGCUAAAUGGGUAAAAUAGAACAUUUCAGGUGUUAUUAAUAUCGAUCUGAACCAGAGGUCGCUGACUGUUCCUUCGGUGUUUCCCUCAGAGCAGAUCACGUUAAGCACAGAGCACUGCAGAGUGCAUGGAGCACUUCUAACAGCAAGUACUUUCCUUCUCAAAGCCAUGUGUACGUGUUGACCGGUCCUCAUACCACCAUCCUGGCAGGAAAAUACUCAGGCUUUGUUUUAUGGUUUACAAAUGGGGAAAUAGUCUGAGUGAAAACCUGCAGUACUGGAGUGAGUUACAGUUCUGUUGUCUGCAACUUCUGAACAGUUCUGCAGCAUUUUACUUAAAAGUGCCUCUUGGAAGGAGCCUAGCCAUUUUAUUUUUUGCCUGGUGCUAGCCGUAUGAUGCUGCCAUAAAUUUAUGGUCUAUAUAGGAAACUCUUUGGAAAGUCCUGGCUUGUUUACCCAGCACAUUGGCAACACAGGUGAGAUUAAACUGAAAAGUAGGCUAAGAUAUAUUUAGUAGUGCUUAUAAUGAUAUUUAUUUAGACAAUUGACCUAACUUUCAUAUGGAGGUAUCACCAUAUCAUCUACCCUCUGUGGCAGCUCUCAGAAUUGGUUCAUAGCUCAGAUUUUUCAGCAGUGUACUCCUCAGCCCAAGUUUCCACUACAGAAUCUUACUAAGACAACAGCUUUAGGCUGUGUUUUUUGUACUGGCAACAACUUUGGUGUGUAUGUGAUUAUGGUAAGGAAACAGCUUAACUUUGUGUCACACAUCCAAAAGCAAAGUUGCUUUCUUCAAUUAUAAACUUCCUCUGUAGGCAGGAUUUGCAGUUGUGGCUUUAUUGGUCAACAAGUAUGGAUGAUGUUUAGAAAACCUUUGCUAAAGACAUCCAGAGCCCACGGAGGGAAGGGAAGAUAUGCAAACUUUCACCAAGUUCAAGAGAAAAUGAAGACUGUUGUCGUCCUGAUGCUUAAUUAAUGAUACUGUUACAGGGCUUCAUAGUUUACAGUUGGUUUACACUUUUCCUCUAAAGCUAGACUCAUUGAAGCUAGAUCUGAGAUUAAUUUCUGUUUGUGUCCUUUUAUUGAGAAUGGUUUUUGACUUCUGCAUUUUCCUAUACUUUGCUCUGUAUUAACUCAUUUUGUGCUUGCUUCGUUUGUGUUCAAAGUUCUGUCUUACUCCUGUCCGAUGUACGCAGCCCCGACUCCUUUUAGAAUUAGAGCCCUUAAGUUAUUACACAUUAAUAUAGCUGUAAAGCUGCGUUUUAUUUACAGGUUUUCAUUAUUCAUACAGUGGAAAAAGGGGAAAUUAUUAACUUUAAUGAAGGAUGGUUAUGCAAGGAACAAUAGCUUGGUGAGAGGAGGUUUGGAAGGCUGCUGGAAAUCAGUGAGAAGAAUUCAGAAAGAGGUGGAUUUGAUGAAGAUGCGGUUUUGGGGAACCAGGACUGGAGGCUCGUUCAUGCAUAAGGCGCAGUCUGGAGGAAGGCACAGGAUAAUGGCAGAAAAGGUGCAGUAAGGAGGUUACUGAGAAGUACGGUGGCUGCAAGGAAUGUCAGUAAGACAUCGGGCAGGGAGGUACAGAAGAGAGAAGGCAAAGUAACCAUUGGAUAGUCACAGCAAGGGGAAAGAAAAAUUUUUGCCUUAUGUUUCUUCACAAUGCUGUAGAGAAGGCCAAAGUCAGUCAAACAUGGAAAAAGCAUGGCAGGUAAGGAAAAGGCAAAAUUCUGUGUGCUUAGAGAAGCAGUAAUAGGCUGAAGUGAGGAAACAUCAGGCAACACUGGACAGGCAGCUGCAGGCUCGAGCACAAUAGUUGCAAGGGUUCUCUACAUAAAAGCCACGCCUGAAAACUGGAAAGAGUGUGGGAUCAGAGAGACUAAUGCUCAGAUUCAUCCAGCCUAAUUUCUACCAACACCCCCGUGCCCAGCGAUUCGUACUGACUGGCUGUGGUUCUCCAGGGACACCUGUAUUCUAGGAACUUGCUAAACUUCGUCAGUCAUUUCCUAGCAGGAGGAGAGGCCAUUUGAACACAGGGAUACAUUUCCUUGUAAUAUUGCAAGCAAAUAUAUCUUGUUGGGUGUUCUUCAUUUCCCACAAAGUUCUGGAAAAGCCAUUUAUAGCAGCCGUCGCUGCUCCAACAAAGCUGUUGCUGUAGUGCAUUCAUUUAAGUGGUUCACAAUGAUCCAUUGCUUGCUUCUAUAAGAGAAGAUUAAAAGGAUGGACUUCUCCAACAAUAAAGUGUUUUAAAAAA